UCAAUCGUUGUUUGUGAUUGGUCAUAACCUUUUCCGGUGAGGCAUCCAUCCAUCCAAGGACUGUGAGAAAGCCAGUGUAAACGGAGUAAAACACGUCGACAAACUCAUCGAAGCGACUCAGGUCACGAUGGCGUCCAGCAGUACGAGCAGUGAAGAAGAGAGGAGCUUGCGGGAGUGUGAGCGCUACGUGCAGAAGCACAACAUCCAGCAGCUGCUGAAGGACUGCAUUGUGCAGCUGUGCACUAACAGGCCAGAAAGGCCCAUGGCUUUCCUCAGAGAGUACUUCGAAAGGCUUGAGAAGGAGGAAGCUAAACAAUUCGUCAGCCAGCAGAAGUCAAGCUCUCGCUCAGACUCCCGUGAAGAUGAGGUUUCUCCUCCCAUGAACCCUGUGGUUAAGGGCCGACGGCGCCGCGGUGCCAUCAGCGCAGAGGUCUACACUGAGGAAGAUGCAGCGUCUUAUGUCAGAAAGGUAACUACUUUAUUUCCCCCCAGAAAUGUGUAUUUCCAUAGCACAAAUAAUAUUAUUUUUGUGUUGAAUUCUAUUUUCAACGCAGUUGCUUUUGCUGUUUUUUCACAGGUCAUUCCUAAAGAUUAUAAAACUAUGGCUGCUCUCGCUAAAGCGAUUGAAAAGAAUGUGCUUUUUGCUCAUCUUGAUGACAAUGAAAGAAGUGACAUUUUUGAUGCCAUGUUCUCGGUCACCUAUAUAGCAGGAGAGACUGUCAUUCAACAAGGGGAUGAGGGUGACAAUUUUUACGUUAUUGACCAAGGUGAAAUGGAUGUGUAUGUCAACAAUGAGUGGGUGACCAGUAUUGGAGAGGGUGGCAGUUUUGGUGAGCUAGCUUUAAUCUACGGCACUCCCAGAGCAGCCACUGUCAGAGCAAAGACCAACGUCAAGCUGUGGGGAAUUGACAGAGACAGCUACAGGAGAAUACUCAUGGGAAGUACUCUGAGAAAGAGAAAAAUGUAUGAGGAAUUCCUUAGUAAGGUCUCCAUUUUGGAGUCUCUGGAUAAAUGGGAAAGGUUGACAGUUGCUGAUGCCCUCGAGACAGUCCAGUUCGAAGAUGGCCAGAAGAUUGUUGUGCAGGGUCAACCAGGAGAUGAAUUUUUCAUUAUCCUUGAGGGUUCGGCAGCAGUCCUGCAGCGGCGGUCGGAGAAUGAGGAAUUUGUGGAGGUUGGAAGACUCGCACCAUCUGACUACUUUGGUGAGAUCGCUCUGCUCAUGAACCGGCCCCGUGCCGCGACCGUGGUUGCCCGUGGCCCGCUGAAAUGCGUAAAACUUGACCGCCCCCGGUUCGAACGCGUGCUCGGCCCUUGCUCAGAUAUCCUGAAGCGAAACAUACAGCAGUACAACAGCUUCGUGUCUCUGUCGGUCUGAGGCGCACCAGGCUCUUUUCCUCCUCUAUUGCAGGGUCCACCAAUGCAAAUCCGCUUUAUUUUCUUACUUUUCUUUAUGCAUUUUCCAACACCCAGGUGCCCAUUCACUUCAGUGUUCUCUAUCUCUCUAUCUGUUUUUUCGAUUUGUGCCGUACCCUGUCACGUUCGUAUCCAUCGUAGAUUUACCAUAAGGCCGAUUGCUAGUUUUGCCUGAGAAACGAGCCAAUCAUUGUGCCACAGAUGCCUGUCAUGUGAACAGAUGUUGAACUAACAAGGUCUGUCGGGAUUGUCUCUUUCCUCCAAAUUGCUUCAUGUUUCAGUGUUUAGAAUGGAAGGAAAUCAGUGGCCGGACUGACAGUCACGUAGUGUAUCUAUUCAGUAUAUAUGAUGUUUCUUAAUUGAGCCAUCGACUUUCACAUUCUGUUUUCCCUCGUUCAUUUCAAGCAUUUGAGUAUAGGGAAGCCAAAGGCAUAAAUCCAUGUGUGUUAUGUUGUUUUCUUGGGGGUACUGAAAUUAAAAUGUCACCGUGUGUAUCAUGGUGAUCAGCUUUGCUCUUUUAUUGUUAUAGCUGCACAUAUAUAGUGUAUGUAAAUGAUUAUAUAUUAGAAGUAAAUGACCAUAACCAUAUUUUUUUGCACAGUUUGAUAUCUAUAUAUACGUAUAUAUAUAUAUAUAUAAAACACUUUAUAUGCGCCUGCUGUUUUUCAUCGUGGCAUUUGAUCCCAUUUCAUUGGAUUUUCUCGUUUUCUGUUAGAUGUUUUGUUCUCCCUUCGACUUUCAUGCUACACACAGGCUUGCACUGGACUCUUAUGUAGAGCACACCAGGAUUAGUCAAAUCUUCUUUUAAAGUUUUUUUUUUUUUUUUUUUCACAUUUUCUCUCUUCUGAAAUGCCACCUGCUGCAAAUGCUUUUAUUUGUUUGUUCCCCCCACAAGAAGGUGAUGUUAUCUUUUAUUCAGCUUUACGUUUAUGGCGGAUAUGAGUGCUGUUUGUUUUGUUUAAUUGUUAAAGAGUUACAGAAAUGUAAUGGUUAAUAGAAGAGCAUGUGAGGAUCCUCCUCGACAGGAAGUGACUACUUGGUGACCUCUUUGGCCGUCGGAGAUCCCAUUAGGUUUUCUUUCUUGAUGAGAGUGUAUGUGAACUGCUUUGAAAUCCCAAAUGUCUUUUUUUUUCCCUCGUUCUUUCUCUUAUUACAGUUUAAACUUAAAUAAUUUGGUAAAUAAACAGGGCAGGGCUAAAAAAAAUAGUUUUUGAAUAAUCAGUGUCCUUUUUUUUGAUUGAGAUUUAGAUUAUUCUCCUUGGUUAAAUCAAAGUCUUAAAACAGGGACAGUAUUUACCGCUUGUGUUGAGCUCAUGGUGUCUGUAUGCCGUUAGGGUUAGGAUCCAUCAAAUGCCACCAUCUUAAUCUCCCAUCAGAUAUUGUUCUUUCGGGUUCUCUGAGUUGUGUUGUACGAUUUUACCAGGUGGUACAAUAGUGUUAACAGUUGCUGACGGUAGAUUUUAAUUGUCACACAGAGAUAUUCUUGUAUUAUUUGAGAACAGUUGUGAAUUUUAAAUUUGUGUUUUUGUUUUCCACACAUCUUGUGUUAUGUAAUUAUACAGAUAUCCAGCUCCUUUAUACUACAGACUCAUGUUAUUGAAAGCAAAUUUGGGUUUUGAAAAGUGCCUGAUUUCUUUACAUUCAUAAUGCAUAGCCAACAUUUCCUUGUAGUUCCCAUCUCAGUUAUAUUCCUAAAUAUUCUGUCAGCUUGUUACCUGUAUUAUCUGUAAACUACACUCUUUUCAUCGGUAUGUAUGGAUUCCUUUAGCAGUGUAAUUUAUUUAGACUUAAAGUUUAAGAGUUUAUUUAACUGAACUGUCCCAAAAUUGCUGUUAAUUAAAGAGAGGUGCAAGUGAACUGACCUAUAUUUUGUGUUUUUAUCUUCAGUGUUUUCUUUUUACUCUCUGACUCUUGAUUUAAGAGCCUUACUGCAGUUGCAGUUGUCUGGGAAAAGAUGCUCAUUUACAGAUUUUUUGCCCCUCCUGUCAAAUCUUGGUGCUGUAGCUUUAAAAACACAAUUUGCACCCUUAAUGAGAUGUUACGUUUCAGGCUUUUGAUUAACCGUUCCACUGUCCUUUCACUGAGUGGUUUAUGCCUUAUGAUGGGGUUGAAUAAAUAAACUUGUUGAAGUUAUUUACAUGACUGUGAUGCCCUUUGAUAGGCUUGUUAUUGCUCGUACAUGCAUUGCUUUGUUUAUUUAACUUUAUUUAGCAGUGCAGAAUUGAUACAUUGAAACCUAAAUCUUCUCCCUAUUUUCUGUAAAAUGCAUCAUUUAACCUUAAUUGUAAUUCUGUCCCUUUUAUGAAGGAAUUGAGUGAUUUGUUUCACUCAUGUUCAAUUUUCUGCUCACGUUUAUGAGUUAUUAACAAAUUCAGGCCCUGUUUCUUCAAGAACAUUCACUGAUACACUGAAAAUGUGUUUGUAUUACCACACUCAACUUUUUUUUUUUCUUUCCCCCGUAGCUUGCUUUUCAUUCCCUGGUUGUGACUGCCAAUGGUGUUUUCUUCUGAAGUUUUCAGUAAAAUUGUGUUCUAGUAUGUACAGAGGAAUUGAUAUAUUUGCUCGUAGGCUUUGCCAUCAGGGCUUAGAGACUCCUGUUCACCCAUUCUUCAGUUUGUUGAGCCCUCAGCACAGAGAGUUGUAAAAUGUCAGAGGACCAUUUUUCUAUUAUUCUUUUUCUAUAACUGUGUACGGUUUGAUUUCAUUGGAUGUGCUCAAGUUGUAAACCUUUUGGUAUAGAUUGUCCCAAUGGCAGGUCAAGCAAUAAAAUGAUUAAUUCUUGAA